CUCCUUCUAGCAGCACCACUUCCGCAUUGGAGGGUUUGUUUUGCUUACGCUGGAUGUCAGAUUUCGCAGGAUAGCUGAUACCCUUUGUUCGUCAACGCACUUUUAGGCAUUACAGAAGCGACCUCUUCAUAGGAAACGAAGCUACGUCACUGUAUCGCGUGCUAACAUUGCAACAGACUAGCACGUGCAUGUUAUUUAUCAGUAUCUAGUUUGAUUAAGAGUGAAAGCUAAGGCUAACGUCAGCUAGCUAGCAGGCUAACAAAGCACACUAGUUUAAUGUGUUCAACAUAACCCGGCUGCUGCUUAUUUUCGUACAGCCUGUGUCUGAUGAGCAUAUUCAACCUGCAGCAUGGGUUAGCUGGACACUGGGAAUAAUAAGUCAGCACAUAAAGGUAGCUAACCUCAGCAGAAGAAGCCAGAUUCUUUUAAGUGUUGCAUGGGAAUAGAAGGCAAUCACAUCGUUGAUCCUCAUCCUGCUAACCACGUCAGUCGGAGAGCUUGAUCAGCCGUGCAGGGUUGAUGUUUUGGACUGUCACUGUCAGCGGAUCCUCCCACAGAGAGUCAUGCUAUGAUGGUGCUGCGGAGGUUACUGAGAAAGCGCUGGGUGCUGGGAGUAGUCUUCGGACUGUCUCUCAUCUACUUUCUCACCAGUACACUCAAACAGGAGGAGAGGACCAUACGGGACCGCACACUCUUAGAGGCUAGAGACCCAGACCACCGCAUCCCCUGGAAAGUCCGUUUCAACCUGGGCAACAGCAGCCGACAGAUCACUCAGUGCAGAAACUCCAUCCAGGGCAAGGCGCUGCUCACAGACGAGCUAGGUUACGUCUGUGACAGGACAGACUUGCUGAUUAACGGCUGCUGUAACGUCAACGCUCCCAGCAGCAGGCAGUACAUCUGUAAAAGCUGCCUGGCUAACGGCUGCUGCAGCAUCUACGAGUACUGCGUGUCGUGCUGUCUCCAGCCUGAUAAGCAACUUCUUCUCGAGCGCUUCCUGAAUCGUGCAGCUGACGGCUUCCGGAAUCUCUUCACCGCCGUGGAGGAUCAUUUCGAGCUGUGCCUCGCCAAGUGUCGAACUUCCUCACAAAGUGUUCAACAUGAAAACACAUACCGAAACCCUCAAGCGAAGUACUGCUACGGAGAGAGUCCUCCAGAGCUGCUCCCUAUAUGAGCCUCCGUCUGCAGUCUGGUUCAGGAGGCACAGGAGGAGCAGUGGGUCAAUAAAGCGUCCCUGUUUGGACACUCAAUGGUGCUUAAAGAAGAAAAGACCCUGAAACAAGCUGUUCACUUGGACACUUGUGCAUUCUGGUGGUGAAGAGAUCCAGACAUCCAAGAUCAACCUCAAACUGGACUAAUGUUGUACAUGAUUUGAUUAUUUUACACUUCAUAAGUGCAUAUAGAAGCUUCAUUCAUUCAUCCGUGAUGAUCAUCAGGUCUACAUAGCUGGCAGCUCAUCUCCAAGAAUCCACUUCACACCAGUCUGGGUCAUUAAAUAGGCUUCAUUCAAAGGAAGGAAAGAGCUGUUUGAUGUUUUUUGGAUAUUUUAAAAAAAAAAACAGCCAAGAAUGUGUCAUUAUUUCAGUGUAUCAGUGCAUGCAUGUGAAACUGCUAUUUAAUAAAUGUGACUGUGAAAUGAUGA